AAAAGCGUAAAACUUUUGAUGCAUUAGAAAUGACGUUAUUCGGCUAUAAAUUUAUGUUAAGUUAGUUAAUAGUUAAGUCAUUGAAUGGUUCAAAGGUGCAUCCGGUAUUUCUAAAACAAUGCUGAUGUACUUACAAUUGAAAUGAAUUUAUAUUUAUAUAAUUGUGGUGAUUAUGUAAUUUUUUAAGUCAGAAUAAUUUUCUAUUAAAAUUAUGGAAAGGUAAACGAAAUUUAUCUGACUAAAUGAAUUAAAUUAAAAAUAAAAUAGAACUCAUUGUUUUAAGCAAAUUCAAGCACACCUAUUCUGUUAUACUUCAUCAGGUACAUAUUUUGUACAUUGUCCUACAUAGUAGAUUAUUCUUCAUGAUGAUAAGGAUUAAUCUUCUUUUAAAGAUUAUUUAGUGUUAAAUUUCACGUAAAAUUACAUAAAUUCUAUAAAUAUUUACAUUGUAAAAUAAAAUGGCUUAUUACAGACUAAAAGAAGUUAUGCAAAAUCUUCAAUAACAUGUAAUACUAUGUAUAUGUGUCGUAGCGACACAUAUAUUAAAUUACUGAGAGGAUCUUUUUAGUCGAUUAUAUCGGAACAUGUAUAUUCGUUUCCAAUUCAAUGUAGGUAUGUUUUACAAAAUGUUUCAAAACACAUGACAUUAUUUUCCCGUACAUCGAUAUGAUGUACUGCUUUCUCAGUACUUCAAUCCAACUAUCGUAAUUCAGUAGAUUACUAAAGCUAAAUGGCCUGUUUUUAAUUUGCAUACACAAGUUUCGACUUUCAUAUGUGCUGAAUAGGUGUACAUUUGAAGAAAUAUAUAUCCGUUUAAAGCUAUUGGGGCACAGUCGGAAUACUUUACAGUCGAAACUGAAACGUCGUCGAAUUCACAUCAGAGGUAUUACUUAAGCUGCUACGUCAUUUGGUUUAACAGGUAGACCGUCAAGAUGUCUUCAAGUGGAAGUAAUUUAUAUAUAGACGACUUAGUGAACUUUGAUGAACCAACGGUAUCAAAUGAAAAAAGCGAAAUAGCUGAAUUUUUUUCUCAUACUAAUGUUUUGGUAACAGGGGGUACGGGUUUUUUAGGAAAGCUACUCAUCGAGAAGUUGCUCAGAAGCUGUCCAGAUAUUUUAAGAUUAUAUAUGAUAGUGAGACCGAAAAAGGGGAAAACUGCUUUCGAACGAUAUAAAGAAAGUUUCGAAGAAGUUAUAUACGACAAAUUAAGAUGCGAGCAACCGAAUUUUCUGCAAAAAAUAGUAAUAUUAGAAGGCGAUGCAGCGAAAGAAGAUUAUGGACUUUCGCCAGAAGAUAAGAAGACUUUAAUGAAUGUGAAUAUUAUUUUUCAUGCAGCUGCAGUUGUGCGAUUUGAUGAAAAAAUUCGGGUUGCAGUGAAUAUCAAUGUCAGAAGCACAAAAUUCUUAUUGUCAUUUGCAAAAAAAUUACCAAAUUUUAAGGCUUUUGUGCAUGUAUCAACUGCAUUUUCCAAUUGUGUACGUAAGAAUAUUGAUGAAGUACACUAUACAGAUAUUAUAGAUGCAGAUAAAGUUUUAACAUUGUUGGAUACAUUGGAUGAUGGAAGACUUGAAAAAAUGACCCCUAUAUUGCUUGAUAAAUGGCCAAAUACAUAUGUAUUUACUAAGGCACUAGGAGAAAAUAUGGUAUUAAAGUAUGGUGAUGAUCUACCAGUUUGUAUUGUACGCCCCAGUAUCGUUAUAGCAACUUACAAGGAACCAAUUUCUGCAUGGAUAAAUAAUAUGUAUGGACCCACAGGUGUAGUUAUGGGUAGCGGUAUAGGUUUGUUACAUACAUUGCAUUGUAAAAAAGAAAAUAUAGCAGAUAUCAUACCAGCUGAUUAUGUUAUUUCCAACAUUAUUUCCUCUGCUUGGGAUGUUGCCAAUAGAAAAGUUGCAAUAAAGUCAGACCAAUCUUCUAAUUUACCUGAUGAGGAAAAAAUACCUGUUUAUAAUUCGGUAUCUUCUUGUCAAAAACCAAUUUCUUGGGGUGAAUUUAUGAAGCUUAAUGAAAUUUAUGGAUUAAUAGUACCUAGUACAAAAGUUAUUUGGGUUUAUAGACUGACACUCAAUAGAUAUUUAUUUCUUCACAAUAUCUAUGCUUUCUUAUUGCACAUAAUACCAGCAAUUAUCGUUGAUACACUGGCUUAUCUCACUGGUCGGACACCUAUAUUAUUAGAUGCAUACAAAAAGAUACAUAAAUUUAGCACUGUGAUACAUUACUUCGCAGUAAAUGAAUGGAAGUUUAAAAAUGACAAUGUUAUAAAACUUUGGAACAAGAUGAAUUCUACUGAUCGACAAAUUUUCUGCCUUAAUACAGAAUACUUGGACUGGAAGGAAUAUUUCUAUUAUCACAUAAGAGGUGUUCGUAUGUAUUUAUUAAAAGAUCCUAUGGACACAGUAGAACUAGGAAUAGCCAAAUAUAAGAAGUUACGUCUAGCGCACAAUACAAUCGUGUUAACAAUAUCACUAUUACUUUUAUGGUUUGCGAUAUCGUUCAUAAGUUUUCUUUGGUCUUUUUGUCCUUUAUCACACUAAUAAUUAUUGAUAGCAAUAUUGUAGUUCUUUUAUCUACAUUACAUUUGAAACAAUUUUCUAUUAAAGUGUACAUUCCUGUUACAAACAGUUGUUCACUAUUGAACUUAUUUCAUUAUAAUGAUAAUAGAUGUCGCCACAAAGCUAUAUUAUCUUUAUUAAAAUAAAAUGUAUAUAUUCUCUUACCUUUA